AUGAAGACAGCCCUGCUUUUCCUCUGUAUCAUAGGAAUCACUUGCGCCUUCUCCGCAAAACACUUCCGAAGAAGAUUUAAGUCAGACGAUUCAGAAGAAAAUGCAGUGUUCAAAAACAGAUACAGGAAUUUUCUUUAUAGAUACCCUUACUUCUACCCGCCUAUGAAAAGAUUCCAGUUUAACAGUGACUCAUCUGAAGAAGGUUUUGGUGGCAAUAGUUCAGAGGAGGAAGAAGAAGAAGAAGGGGGACAGUCAAAUGAAGAAAAUGAAGGUGGAAAGGGAAGUGAAGAGACCACGGUGGCUCCCACUACACCUGCAGCUGCAGAUACAAAGACUGAUGGAAUUGCUGAACUUCCCACAGAGGUGCCAGGAGUAAAAGAGCCUGCUCAGAAACCCGGCAAAGAAGCAGGUGAUAAAAAGGUUGACAAUGCUCCCAAAAAAGGCGCCAAGGAAGAAGACAGUGAUGAAAAUGAGGAAGAGGAGAAUGAAGAGGAAGAAGAGGAGAAAGUAGAUGAAAAUGGAAGUGGCGCUAAUGCCACCAGCACAAACAGCACUCUCGAAGAAACUGGAAACGGUGGAGAGGAGGAAGAGGAGGAAGAAAACGAAGCGACCACCAUCAGUCUAACCACCUUGGUCACAACUGUCAACCCUACUGAAAGUACUACGGGCGAACAAUUUCAAGACAGCACCACCGCUGCAGAUCAGGGCCAGCAUGACACGACCACUGAAGAUCCAUGGGUGCAUGAUGCCACCACCACAAAUGGUUAUGAUGAACAUGGAUAUGAAGUCCAAACUGAUUAUUAUGGCAGUGAGAACGGGUACCCACGAGGAGAUACUUUCAGAACAUACGAGGAUGAGUAUAGUUACUACAAGGGGCAUGGAUACGAUGUAUAUGGCCAAGAUUAUUACUAUAAUCAGUGA